AUGAUGAUGGAACCAGUGGCAGUACUACCAAAUCCAGGAAUUGGAAUUCCAGCAAUCGAUAAAUUAGAAACAGGUGAAUUGGAUUUAAAUAUGCCACAAGAAGAACAACAAGAUAAAAAGAAUGAAUCUUCCUCAUCAUCACCAACAAGUACAGAUAUUUCAAACGAUGAACCAUCCUCAUCAUCAUCAUCAAAUGUUUCAUCCACCUCUAAAAAAUCAACCAACAAAAAAGAGCGUAAAACAAAAAAGGAGAAUGUUGUAAAAGAAAAAAAAGAAAAAGUAAAACCAGAAAAAGUUGUAAAAGAAAAGAAAGUAAAACCAGAAAAGGUUGUUAAAGAAAAGAAAGAAAAGGUUGUAAAAGAAAAGAGUAAAGGAAAGGAAAAGGAAAAAGCAAAGGGUAAAGGAAAGGAAAAGGAUGUUCCAGUUGAAGAGAAAGAGGAAAUACCACAUGAAGAAGAUGGUGAACCAAAUGUAGAAGAGGAACAAGAAGAUACAAGAGGCAAUCCAAAAGAAAAGAAUAAAAAGAAAAAACAAUCAAAAGAACCAGAAGAAAAACCAAUGACUCCAGAAGAACAAUCAAAAGACCUAUGUGACCAGGCAAAUAUUCUUCUCUGGAAAAAAAACUAUGCCCAAGCUUUGGAAUUUUUUACACAAGCUCAACAUUUAAAUCCAUCAAGUUAUGAAAUUCCAUUAUCAAAAGCUGCUGCAUUAAAUAGUUCUGGUAGAUAUGAAGAUGCAAUCGCUGAAUGUCAAAAAUCAUUAGAUUUGGCACAGGAAAUGAAAGGAAUGGUGAACCAAAAGGGAUAUCUUCCAGACAACCAAGAUGAAGUAAAAGAGGAGAUCAUACUUCGUAUUGAACAAAUGAUGUCACGUUCAUGUGCUAGAAUGGCAACAUCUUUUAUGGGAAAUGGUGAUUACAAACAAGCUCGUCAAUACAUUGUCCAGGCAAUUGAAACAUUCAACAGUGCAGAGUUUGAAGAGAUGCUAAAGAUGGUCAAUGAACUCAUCGGACUCUCUUCAACCGAAGUAACAGCACUCUACAAAAGUGCCAAGGAUAUGUAUCGUGCCCAAGACUACCAAGAAGCCAUUAGACUGUACACUGAAGUAUUGCAAAUCGAUCCAAACAACAACAUUAUCCUCGCCAAUCGUGCCAUGUGUUACAACAAGUUGAAACAGUAUCCAAUGGCCAUCAAAGACUGUGACCUAUCCAUUAAAAUCCAAAACAAGGACAAGGAACACCACUACCUACCAUACUAUGCCAAAGCCAAUGCUCUAUACGCCUCGAAACAAUAUGCAGAAGCUCUUGCUCUCUACCAAGAAGCUACCAAAUAUUGUCAACAAGAAGGACUAAUGGCUAAAAAGAUUGAAAAAUGUUUAUCUUUACUUGAUACAUCCACACAACAAAAACAACAACCAAAGAAACAAGUUGCCAACAAGAAGGUACCACCACCAACAAAAAAGGUAGCUCCAAAAAAGAAUAGAUCAUCUAUUCGUCCAAGUGCAACACCAUCAUCUACACUUCAAGAAAGAGGACAAUCACCAAAACCAGAGAUUGGAGAAGAAAGUCCAAAUUUGAAAGUAUCAAAUACUUUGAGUAACACUCUUAGUAUGAAUGAUGAUAUCGAUUUUGAUGUUGAUGACUCUUCUUAUCUACCAUCCACAAGUACAACUACCACUACUACCAACACCAAUUUCAAUGGUAUGCAAGAUGAAGAGGAAGUAGAUAAAGAUGAUGAAGUUGAAGAGGAAGAAGAACUUGAACUCAAUGUACAAGGAGAGGAAUAUGAAGAACUAAGAAUCAGUCAUAACAAUAUCGUCCAAGAUGAUCAAGAUGAAGAAGAGUUGGAAUCGGAACCAGAAGAGGAAGAAGAAUAUAUCGUUGAUAAGUUGGAGGAAGAUACCGUUGAUGAUCGUAUUGAAGAACUUCCAGUACCUUCAAUGUAA